UUUUAUUUAUUUAAUUAUGACAAUAUAAAUAUAUAAUCCAAUUAUCCACCUUCCAAAAAAAGACAAUGAUUCCAUCACAUGACUAAACAAAUUAAGCAACUCUUUUCCUCCACUAAACUUUUCUCCCCACUAAAUUCCAAACUCUAAAUUUCCUUCAAAAUUUCCUCACAUUUUAUAAGCCCUUUUUACACUUACAUUGUUCAUAUUCUUCAAUUUCUCAGCCAUGAAUAAUACUAGCUCAAACAAAACAAUUCCAAGAUUAAAACUUUUGGAUUUCUCCCUUAGAAUCUCUGUUAUUCCACUAAGUAUUGCUUCUUUAUGCUUAACUAUUGGCACUAAUGAAGAUAAUCCUGAUUAUGGAAGCAUUAAGUUCCUGAAUUUCUCAGGCCUCAAGUAUAUGGUUGCUGUUGCUGCCAUUGCUGCUGGGUAUGGUGUUGUUGCUGCAAUCUCAACUUGGAUUCCUUGCUUAGUUAACAAAGCUUGGCUUUUCUUUGUCUCUGAUCAGGUGAUGGCGUACUUAAUGUUGACAUCAGAGGCAGCAGGAGCAGAGUUAAUGUAUUUGGCAUACAAAGGUGAUGUUGAUGUUGCAUGGAGUGAAGCCUGCACUGCAUAUCCACAUUUCUGCACUAAUCUCAAACUUGCUCUUCUUCUUCAUUUCUUAGCUCUCUUUUGCUUCCUUUUUUUGGCUCUCAUCUCUGCUUUUAGGGCUUUCUCCAUGUUUGAUCCCCCGUUUUCGCCCGAUCGAUCAACAGGACUUAAUUAAUAAUUAAUAAUUAAUAGCUACAUUGAUCUCAACUAAUCACGUACUUACAGAAUACGGAGUAGUAGUGAUACAUUUUGAGCUGAUUCACAUUGUAAUCUUUUGUUAAAUGAUCAAGGUUUGAUCCAGUUUGUGAUUAGCAAGCAUUUAGCUCAGAUUGUAAUUAAUUUCGACAUCUUUAUUGUAACUAAUAGAAGUGGACCUACUAGCUGGGCUAGUGUGUGCUUUGGGCUUGGGAGUGCUUGUGGGUGGGCUAUUAAUAUUUUAAUUAAGAAUAUUAGUUAAUAUUUAA